CAUUACCACGAGAGAAAUGUUGGGCACAGACGACCACGGAGAAAUUCAGAAACGAAUCGGGACAGGGAUGAAGCGGCCCUUCAGCCCCACCCCUUUGCUGGAGAAUGGACACUCCCUGGAGAGCGAAUCUCACGGAAACAGCUCAGAGGGCCAAUCGGGCAUCUCAGAGCACAGGCCGAAGCGGGAGAAGAAACACAAGACAUACACCCUGUGCGAGGUGUGCAACAUCCAGCUGAACUCACCUGCCCAGGCGCAGAUCCACUACAACGGAAAGUCCCAUCAAAAGAGGCUCAAGCAAAUCAGCAAUGGCAAGUCCAGCGGCAGCACAGGUACCCCUGCCCAGAGCAGCCCCCUCUUGGCCUCCCUGCCCGUCCCUGGACGCCCCUUGCAGCCACAGCUGGACCUCAAGCACUUCCUGCCCUUUCGACUCAAUGGCUCUUCCCCCCUCAGCCUCUUCCCCAACUUCAACACAAUGGACCCAGUCCAGAAAGCUGUGAUCAACCACACCUUCGGUGUGCCCCAGCCCCUCAAGAAGAAGCAGAUCAUCUCCUGCAACAUCUGCCACCUCCGCUUCAACUCCACAAACCAGGCAGAGGCGCACUACAAGGGCCAUAAACAUGCCCGCAAACUGAAAGCCAUGGAGGCCCAGAAGAACAAGCAGAGGAGCCAGGGAUUAGCAGCCAUUGCGGCAAGGGAUAGGGAACGGGACAGGGACAGGGAAAGAGAGCGAGAGAAGGUGGGGGUGUCCGAGGCCUUGCCUGCUCUGAUGGACAGCAAUCUGACGGAGGGAACAAGUCUACACUCGGAGCCAGAGACCAUAAAAGUGAAGGUGGAGGAGGCCCCAGGGAGCUCAGUCAUAUUGACCCCUGUGUCAGAGACCUCGUCCCUGGAACUGGCAGCCCUUGCGUCACCCCAGGUGUCCCCGGCCUCCCAGGUUUCAGAGAGCACGUCGGACACCAGCGCUGCUGAGCACCCUGGCCCAGGCUUUGAACCCAGUGGUCAGGAGCCCUCCAGGGGUGAGGGUGAAUCUCUCACAGAGGGGGACAAGGAUCCCAAAAAGAACAAGCAGCACCUCCACUGUCCAGUUUGCAAAGUCACUGUCAACUCCACGUCUCAGCUGGAAGCCCACAACAGUGGGUCCAAACACAAGCUCAUGCUGGAGGGCCAGAGCGUGCAGCCGCGGCGCCGGAGCAAGGUGGUAUCGUCUCGUGCAGCCUGCAAGACCAAGCGGCUGGGCAGCAAGGGGAGUGUGGGUGUUGCCAGCAAGGCCUUCUACUGCGAAGUGUGCGAGAUCUACGUCAACUCCGAGACGCAGCUCAAGCAGCACAUGAACAGCAGGAGACACAAGGACCGGCUGGCUGGAAAGCCCCCGAAGCCCAAAUUCAGCCCUUACAACAAGAACCAACAGAACUCAGUCUUAGCGAGCGUGAGAUGGGGUGGGUAUGCUGGCGGGGCUGUGUCCGCCAUGAAGAAAGCGUUCAGCCACAGCCACCUCACUGCUCUUACCCCUCAGACCAAACUUGCCCUACAGAAGCAACUGACCAAGAGCCUGACAGCCAGCUUCCUGCCUAGCCCACUGAACCCGGCCACCCUCUGCACCAUGGCCACCAACCCCUUGGCCCUGCGCCACCCGGCAGGCACUGCCACACUCAUCCAGACCCCCCUACUGACACCCGCACUCUUCAGGCCCGCCCCGGGUCCCCUGAGGGCCACGCACACCCCCAUCAUUUUCUCCCCCUACUAGUCCCCAUAACUGUGACCCACACAAGGAUCCACAUGGAACUAUGCAGCCAGUGAGCAAAUGCACCAAUCGAUCCCAUGGGCUUCAAACAUUAGAAAAAGAUCUGGGGGAAAGACAACAGCACAGGAGCCAUACAACUGUUCCUUCCACUGUUUCUUUUCUGAGAACAGCUGGACGGACCGACCGCACUUUUGCGAAAGGACAGAACAGAAGUCGCGGAACGGCAUUAGGUCAAAGUUUAUUUGUUUGUGUUAUUUAUUAGACUAUGAUAGUGAGGUAAGCCUAUAUCUGUGUGUGACGUGGCUGCCACCAACAAAAUCCCUUUACUUGAUGCUUUUUAGAUGUUUUUAACCUGGUAGGGCAGGGGUCUCUGUCUCCCAGGUACCACAGUCCAAGUCUCCGCCCACUCCUCAGCAGAGCUGCUAGACUGGUGGUUGGUCGGUUGGCAGCAAUGCUAGCUGUGCCCCCACCUCUGUAUCUAGAGGGGGGCGGGGACAGGGUCCCAAAUCCACAGGGGCUAUGUGAGGCUCCCACUCCAACAGACAUGCUCUGGACCCGUCAGGUAACCCACCCAGGCACAUGCACAUGGAAUUCCUGUCCAUGCAAUGCAUUGUGGGGUGUUAUAGAAAAGGAUUAGUUUAUCUCUCAUCGCCAUGUUUCUGUGAAAACAAAUCUGGAUGUAUCCAGCCUUAGACAAUCUGCCUCUUCAAUAUUUUUGUGAGGGUAGUGUAAAUUUCAGGGGCCCAGGGGGAAAUAUUGUGACAUCCGUCCAAUAGCCAUAGCCUGGCGUGGACUCAGCAUGUCUGUCAGCGUGUGCCUCAGGCCAGUCAGGAACAUGGGCUA